CAUUGACCUGCCUACACUUUCAGUUGUGGAUGCAUUGUAUCUGGAGGAAACCUUUGCUUUGUGCAGGGCUUUCCAUGUAGAUGCUCCAUGUUGGAAUGGAUUUAGAGUCAUCAGAAUGGAAACAAAAUACAUGACGGAAAAACAGUUAUUUUUAUACUGGCAUAUAGGGCCUAACUACUAGGAGCAGAUGGUUUUCUUUACCCAGGAAAAUUUGUGAUGUAAAUGAAAAGAUAUCUUUUUUCUAGAGUCAUUGGUUACAAACAUGCUUCGUCUAAGAGCCAUUUGUCUGUUCUCCUGGAGAGUGUUUCAGUUUCGGCCCUUCAGCUGUGAACCAUUAAUUAUCCAGAUGAAUAAAUGUACAGAUGAAGAGCAAAUAUUUGAUCUUAUUGAAAGAAACAAAGCCACACUUUCAGAAAAGCAAGUGGGAUGUGCAUUUAGUAUACUUUGGCAAUUUCAAAAGCAGAAGACCAGCUUGUUAAAAAAUGUUAAGAGUGUUAGAGACCAUCCCCAAUUUCCUACUCUUCAUAAUUUAACUACAAAUAAAGUCAAACUAAUGAAUGAUGAUACCCUGGUGAAUGUGUUAUACAUCACACAAAAGUUUGCCGUUGAGGCCCAUGACCCGCUAGUUCAAGCACUAGUUACAGAAGCAUGGAGAAGACUGGAAAGGUUUGACAUUAACGUGCUGUCAGAAUUUUCCUCUUGCCUAGAGGAUCAGCAUUUGCAUUUUAGUCCAUUGAUGGGAAAGAUAGCUGAUAUUGUAAAUAGGAACUUGGGAACUAUAAAGGACUUAAGGUCCUUGUCUGUCUUGAUGGUCAACAUAUCUUCUUUAAUAUCACGACAUUUUCAAGAACAAUUAGUGAACAAAACAGAACUUCUUUUUGACACCAUAGAUUCUCCUGAGGUCAACACUGCAAGAAGAAUAGUACAAUUUCUUCAAAAUAUUAAAUGUACUUAUUAUCCACUAUUAGAAAAGUGUAAUAAAGUGUUUUUAAGCAAUGUGAGCCACCUUGAUUUGGAUUCCAUCAGUAAAAUUUUUGGUCUGUACCAGUUACUACAGUUUUAUAGUUUUGAAUUUAUGACAGUGGCUAAAAAGAGACUAACUGAAAUGAUUCCUCUGAUUGAUCACCCUGCUAGCUUUGUAAAAUUGUUUGUAGCUUUGGGACCCCUGGCAGGACCUGAAGAAAAGAAACAACUUAACUCAACUAUAUUACUGAUGUCAGAUGAGCUGAGCCGUCAGCAAGCCCUGGCAGUGGUGAUAGCAAUGGAAGAGAUGGAAAGCAGAAAUUCACAUCUGAUUAAAAGAAUUGCUUCUGUUCUGCAUAAACAUUUGGAUAACUAUAAACCAAUAGAGUUACUGAGGAUAACUCAAGCAUUAACCUUUCUGCAUUUUCAGAGUAAAGAGCUUUUUGUGAAACUCAAAGAAUUAUUGCUUAGUUAUUUGAAAAUUAGUGUCAUACCAAGUGAGAUUUCCAUCCUGGUCUGUGCUAUUUCCAUGCUUCCUUCUCCUCACCUGGAUGAAGUGGUGAUAUCCCGAACUGAAGCAGUUUUACCACAGUGUAACCUAAAGUACCUGAAUAGUUUUGCCACAUCUGUUUUACGAUGGAUUCAGUAUGAUCACAUGUGUUUAGACAGUAUUACUGGGAAACAACUGAAACUACUUCAAAAAUUAGAUUGCUAUGGUCAUCAGAGACUACAACAGAGCAACAAUUUGGGUCUGUUAUGGAAGGAACUUAAAUCUUUAAAAGGAGACUGGAUUCCUGAGUCACUUCUUGAAGAGACAAUUUAUGCUUUACAGCGUUUGAUGGAUGAAAUUAAUUACAUAAAUGUUGCGGAAAUUGCAUCUUUCAUUUCUAGAACUAACUACCUCAGUACUUUGCUACUUGAUAGAAUAGCCUCAGUGGUUGUUCAGCAGAUUGAAAAGAUCCAUCCUUUUGCAAUCCCUGCUAUUAUCCUUCCAUUUAGCAUCUUGAACUAUGAUCCACCUCAAAGGGAUGAAUUUUUUGGAACUUGCAUGCAACACCUUAAUUCUUACUUAGAUAUAUUGGAUCCUCUCAUGUUAGUAUUUCUUGGUUUCUCUUUGGCCACACUUGAAUAUUUUCCAGAAGAUGUGCUAAAGGCAAUUUUUAACAUCAAAUUCUUAGCCAGAUUGGAUUCUCAGCUUGAAAUUUUAUGUUCAUCUCUAAGUAGAAGGGUCCAGUUUCGUCUUAUGGAGUUAAAUAGAGCAGUCUGUUUGGAAUGCCCUGAGUUUCAGAUUCCAUGGUUUCAUGACCGCUUCUGUCAACAACAGUAUAAUAAAGAUAUUGGCAGCAUGAAUGGAGCACAACAACAGAUUUGUAAAAUGUUAGCAGAAGUACUAGGAGGAAUCAAUUGUGUAAAAGCCUUGAUUCUUACACCAUAUUACCACACAGUAGAUUUUGAGUGUAUCUUGGAUAAAAGAAAAAAACCUUUUCCUUAUGGAAGCCAUAAUAUAACUUUGGGAAAACUACCACAAAUGCACUGCGAGUCAAAUACUCAAAUAGUUGGAUCAAGGCUGCCACCAGGAGCUGAAAGAAUUGCUUUGGAAUUUUUGGAUUCACAAGCUUUUUGUAGAAAUAUCCCUCACUUAAAAGGAAAAUCUGCUAUGAAGAAAAGACAUUUGGAAAUUUUGGGAUAUCGUGUAAUUCAGAUCCCUCCUUUUGAGUGGAACUCCAUGGCACUAUCAACAAAGGAUGCUCGGAUGGACUACCUGAGAGAUCACAUAUUUGGAGAAAGCAAAUCAUGAUUGUAGUUUUUAUGUGAAAUGAGUUAUCAUGGUGUAUCACAUUUGAGCUUGUUUUGAUUAAGUGACUUAUUAUAAAUAACAGGUACAAAUAUCCUGGGGUAGGAACAUGCCUAGUGUGUGAGAAUAACAAGAGAUCCAGUGUGGCUGGAGCAUAAACAGUGGGGUGGGAGUAUAAUAAGAGAAAAGGAAAGAGAUAACAGAGUCAAAUAUAUACAACCUCAUCGCUACUCUGAGAUUAGAAGCCAUUGGAGGGCUUCAAGCAAAGGAAUGAUAAGAACUCACAUUUUAACUGCAUCACGUCGGCUACCCUGUUGAGAUGAGAAAAGACUGCUGUGGGGCAUGUGUGUAAGAGGGAAACAUGUUAUAAGGUCAUUCCACUAAUCCAGGCAAGAAAUGGAUGGUAGCUUGGAGAGAGUAGUAGCAAUGAAGAUAUUGAAAAGGGAUCAGAUUUUUUGAUGUAUUUUUCAGGUAGAGGCAACAGAAUUUGCUCACAAUUGGAUAUGAGUGUGAGAGAAACAGGAGUGAACAAUAAUUCUAAGUUUUUGUCCCGAGCACUAAAAGGAUGUCAUUACCAUGAACUGAGAUGAAGAAGCCUAUGGAAAGAGCAAGAUUGGUGGGGUCUGGGGAGGGUGGAGGGAGCAUCAUGAGUUUGUUUUAGACAUGUUGUUGCCAUUGUGAUGCCUUUUAAACUUCUAAAUGAGAUACCAGAUAGAGAAUUGAAUUAAUGAGUUUGGAGAUCAGGGGAGAAGUCUACGCUACAGAUAUAUAUUUGGAAGUUGUUAGCGGUAUUUAAUGCCAUGAGACUAGACAAAAAUCACAUAUGAUGUGAAUUAGAGAAGAGUAUGAAUGGAGGAGACUCUGAGAACUGAGCUCCAGGGCACCAGAACACUAUGAGGUCAAGAAGAAGAGGAACCAGCAAAGGAGACUGAGCGGGGCUAGCUAAUGAGGUAGGAGGAAAAGUGGAGGAAAAGUCAGAGAAGGUUGUAAUCCUUCCUAAUGGAGAAAGCAUUUUGAGGAGGAGGAGGUCAACAGUUAUAUCAGAUGCUGCUGGUAGGUCAGGUAGGAUGAGGAUUGGGAAACGUCCAUUAAAUUUAGUAACAUGAGAAUCAUUGGUAACCUUGAAAAGAGUAGCUUUGAUGAAGUAGUUGGUGGGUGGGAAAGCCUGAUUGGUUCAAGAGAAAAUAGGAGACAUGACUUUUCUUCUAAAUGGAAGCAAAGAAAUGGGGUGGUAGCUGAGUGGAUCAAUCUUGACCUGGUCUGAUUCUAUGUUUGCUGAGGGAGUAGUGAUUUUCCCUCUGUUUUACAUUUAUUUUAAAAAAUGGUUGCUAAAGGAUUACUGCCUACUAUGUGAUAUAAUCCCCAGCCCUUGUUCCAAGAAUGAUAUAUUUGUGCUCAGCAGGAAGCUGUACUGUAACUACCCUCAGGCCACCUGGUGGGGGUGGAGGUAAUUGGCCAUGUGAAACUUGGCUAUUUUCUGACUCCAUGACAUCUAAUUUCAGUCUAUCCCCCAAAAAGCUGGUAGCCAGAGUGCCUUCAAUCAUAAGCAUAUUUUUAAAAUGUGUGUUCUGCAUGUAAUUUGCUCCAUUGAUACUUGGCUUGGGCUUAGUUGAAGUACAUGUUUAAAAUAUCCCAUGACACUGCAUGACCUAAGCCCCAGUACUCAAUGAUUUUGCAAAAUGUGAACUUCACGGAAACUUUUGUGAAAAACAGAAUCAGAAUAUUAAGCAAGUGAAAGAUGUUUUCUUGUAACCAGUCUUCUCUCUUCUGAAUUUUCUCAUGGCAUUCAUUUAUAUUAAUGGAUAUGCUAAAUAUGUGUUUAAUUAUCCAUUUUCUUGAAUGUGUUGUUUCUUGCAAAUGAGAACAAGAACUAAAUCCUUGAAUAGGUUAAAAUAUUUUACUAUGCAACUUUUAGAACAAAGUAGAUUGAUGAAGAUUAUAAAUUGUUUCCUUUGGAAAUAAAUGAAAAUCCAGUUAUUGUA